AUGAGAUCUGCUUUUCUGAUCCUGGCUUUGUUCUCUUUGAAGGAAGUCGUAACCCAGUAUAUUGCCAACGAUGUUGUGAGCGAAUACGGGCAAGUUAAAGAGUUGCUAGCCGAGUUCUACAGAAGAACAGCUCGAAAGUACGGACACGAUUACGAUCCAGCAACUGUUCUACAUCAAGCACAAGUCAGAGGCGGUGACGAUGGUACAGAAGCGAGUAUUAACAAGCAUAUAUGGUCGGAACUAUUCGAGAAUGACAUCAUUCUUACACUUGCACAAGCUGAAGCACUACUGCUAGAGCUGAACAUGAAACGAGGUAAGAGGCAAGCCCAUCCAAAUCCAAACACAUUUUGGCCAAAUAAAACUAUUUCCUACGAAUUUGGCUAUCAAGAAGCCACUUUCCAAAAUGUGAUACGCUCAGCGCUUCGACAUAUUGAGCAAAACACAUGCAUCAGAUUUAAAGAGAAUGGAAAAGACAGAGAUGGAUUGAAGUAUUUUCGCGGAAGUGGAUGCUGGUCCAACGUCGGGAGAACCGGUGGUCGCCAGCUGAUCUCAAUUGGGUAUGGAUGUGAAUCUCUUGGCAUCAUUGCUCACGAAACACUUCACGCCCUCGGCUUGUGGCACGAGCAGUCGCGUGAUGAUAGAGAUAAUUAUAUUAGAAUUGUGCCUGAAAGGAUAGUCAGGGGCACAUACGGAAACUUCGAGAAAAGGACUGCAAUGACAAGUGAAAAUUUGGGUCAGCCUUAUGACCUCGGCUCAGUAAUGCAUUACGGCUCAAAAGCUUUUACAAACGAUUGGAGCGUAAACACCAUAGAGACAAAGGAUGAAAAUUUUCAAAAUACCAUAGGACAGCGUAAUGGGCUGACAUUCAAAGACGCGAAGAUGAUAAACGUGCGAUAUUGCUCAGAUAUAUGUCGCUAUCAGUUAUCGUGCUCAAAUGAUGGUUACACCGACCCGAACGAUUGCAGCAAAUGUCGAUGUCCAAAAGGAUUUGGUGCCUUUUGCGGGGGAGAUCUCACAGCGUCGCCGGCAUACCAGACCCUAGAUAGUGGUUAUGUCUAUGCGAAUAGUAAUUGUGUAUGGAGGAUAAAGUCAUCGGGCGGGCAGAGACUCGAGGUAACCUUCGAUACAGUCAGUUUUCCAUGCUUCGACGCUUGUACAAGUUUUGUUGAAGUGAAGGCUGCACGUAAUAAAGCUACCACUGGUGCUCGGCUCUGCUGUAAAUCGGGACAAACAUUCUACUCUGAGGGAGAUGAUGUGAUACUGGUAUUUAAAGGAGACUCAACACUUCAGACUGGCUACCAAGGCUUCAUCGCACGAUAUAGACACUUCACACAGCUUUUGCAGUUCCUCAAGCCCGCUGAAUGGGGCAUCUGGGGUCCUUGGACAUCGUGCAGUGUGACCUGUGGAGGGGGAUUGCGCACGCGGGUUCGCGGUUGCUAUGGCGGAAAUCGACUCUGCACAGGCUCUUCGCUACAAACACAAUACUGCAACUCGCAACAAUGUUCUGUCAGUACCCAGACAAUGUGCACAGGACGAGUUUUGCUUCCAUGUGAUUUAGCGGAUAACAUUUUGUUCGGACGAGAGGGUCAGCGAUACCCUGCACGAGAUGAGAGUCAAAGUUCCCUGUCUUUUUCACCUUACCAGAAGAAAUGCUUCAAUUCCGAAAAGUCACCGAUUAAAUUCCACUGGAAAGGUAGAAGAUCUUCGAGAGCUGCCGACACCUACAUCUGCGAGAAGUAG